AUGUUGCUAUCAUCUCUAAAAUCUAAUUGCUCUAUAAUAGGUGUUACCGAGACGUGGUUGAGUGCUCAAUCACCACCAUUAUUUCUGAUUGAUGGUUACCAGAUAUUCAGCGUGAUGAUCUUGUGGUUUGUUAUGAAAGUGUUCAGUGCGCUGAAGGCAAAUAAGAAGAAGGAUGAAAUCGACAAAAUAAAAGCCACUGCUCGUGCUUUGAUCAUCCUCCUACCAAUCCUUGGUUUAACCUGGAUCUCUGGAACAAUCACCAGUUUCACGCAAUCCCCGAAUGUCACCUGCUUUCAGUAUGCAUUCAUAAUCUGCUUUUCCUUCCAGGGUGUCGCAAUAUUCGUGUUUCACUGCUUGCUGGUCCCUGAUGUAAAAACGUCAUUGAAGCUUCGGAUGAGCCGUCGUGUUGUUGACAGCUCUUGGGCAAAGUCAAGGACGACCAAGUCAACCACCACAACAAGCUUCUAAAGAGAGGCAACCAGGCGGACGAUGGGGAAUAUCAGCAUCAUAUAUUUACUGCAUACACUGCAAACACUCUGGUGUUGAUUUAACAUCAGUCCGGAAUCUAUAUAUGUCUACACCAGAGAAGUGUUAAACAACACCAGUUUCGUUUUGGUCUAAAACCAGAUAGGUGUUUAUACAACACCAAUAAGUAUUACAAAAGCAUCGGUUUGAUUCCAAAGUGGUGUUGUUUCAAUACUUCUCUGGUGUGGACAUAUAUAGAUUCCGGGCUGGUGUUAAAUCAACACCGGAGUUUUGCAGUGUAGGACAAAGUCUGGGAUGACCAAAUUAACCGCCACUUCAAGCUUUUAAAGACAGAGACAACAAUGGGGAUGAUGGCAUAUAUCUGCACCCUUUCCUUUAUCUUAUUCAUAUUGUUCAAACAAUCUUCAGUAUUCCUAUGUCGGUUCAUAUGUCAUCUUAAAAAUAUACAUUACAGUAUACAUGAAACAAAGUAAAUGAACUGUACGCUUUCCAUUUCUUCAUUAUCGAACAAAAAUGAAAAAUAAAAAAAUCUUUGCAGUCCAUGAGUAUGCUUAAUUCAUUAAUUUAAGUCUUCAUUUUUUACUUUACUUAAAUACUAGUACUCUUCUUACCUAAAGUAAUUAAUAUCUAAUUAUGAUACAUAUUGAAUAUAUGUAGACGUUUAGUAUAGUCUUGUACUAGUCUGAGUGUUAAUUAAGAAAUGUCGUUUUGCGAAAGGGUAUAUCCCAGACAAAGUGCAUGCCGAUCUUCAUCGCCAUCGUGUGUGUGCGUAUGUGCGAAUAUGUGUGUGUGUGUCUGGAGUGAAUCUGCCCCAGUUUUUUUUGGCAUCAAAAUAUCUGGGUUUUUUUUCUUGUUGUCAAAAUGUGUGUACCCAUCAACAUCUUCUAGAUAUUAACCAUUUAAAGAAAAAUUGUUUUUCACAUCUGUAAAUCCUCGUUUGUCAGUCUAUGAAUAUAAUAACAUUGGAGACGUGUUGAUGAAAUUUUUAUGCAUAUGUUGUAGCAAUAAUGAAAUUAAAUUGUAUAUAUAUAUAAGCGUAGAUUUACACUAUGAGCAGGUGUAUGAUAUUACCAUAAGUGUACAGUGUUCAUAUUGGUUUAAAAGGGAUCGUCGAACCCAUUUGCCAUUUUCUGUCUGUCUCUGAAUGAGCUGAGACACACAGGAAUUCCUCGAUCGCUUAGCGUACUAAAGUAAUGUACUUGAACUCAUCGAGUCCCUUGUAUAUCUAAUGUAAAUAGGAUAGUGAAUGUCAUUUAUCACUCUGAUGCCACCAUUCUCAUUAUGUUAAUUAUGUUCAUUUAUUAUCAUUGUAAUGAGCAAAAAUCAUUAAAUUGCGCAUUAUAAAUUGCUGUUUUCAUUAUUAUUACGAUUAUUAUUUUCAUAAUGAUAGUUAUCAUUAUGAUUGAUAUUAUCAUCAUUAUGUAUAUUUACAAUAAUAAUUAUUAUAAACAACUGGAUCUGAUAUAAUUGCACUUCUUCACCAAGUCAAUGAAAGUAUGAAUAUUCCAUUGAUUACUUCUGUAAAAAGCCCUUAUUAUGCCUUGUUAUAUAUAAUUGUACAUAAUGCUAUUUUUGUCAUUGCUCAACUCAACAUGUUUUAAUAAUACUUGACAAAAAAAAAUGUAUUGUUUUCUACAAACAUUGCGAAAGUAAAGGACAAUGAAUAAAAACCUUACGGUUGGUAAUUUUCUUUUCGACAGAACAUUAAAAAAGCCUGAUAAAAACCAACGUAUUCAUACAUGUAUAUAUUAUUGGCAUCACCAGAAUUGAAAAUAUUGAGUUUUAUGAAAUAUCUGUGCUGUAAAUAGUAUAUUGCCUUUUCAAUUGUUUUAUUUGCUUAUGACACUAGUGGAAAAUACGCACUCUUUGAGAAACUUGCUUAAAAAUAUUGUAUUUUAUCGAUGCCUUUAUACACUUAUGUUUCUUAUAACAUGUAUUAAGAUUUUGUAAAAUUAUCAAAAUAUUAUAUCUCUCAUUAAUAGAAUAGCAUCUAAUUGUCAAUAUAAUGGCCACUAUUAUUAUUUUUAAUGAAUUUUCAUGAUGUAUUCGUGUAGUCUCAAUAGGUUCCUGUUGCGACAUUUCUAUAGCAAAAAAAACAACAAAAAAAAACAUGUGCAAUAAAUCAUUCUCGCAUACUCCUAUUAAUAUUAUCAACUUCGUGUAUAACAUUGACAUAUUGACAAGCAUAAAAUAAAGCGGUCAUUGCAUUAGAAUGCUUUUCUAUAAACUACAGUCAUGAUAUUGAUAUAUUACGGAAACAUGAUCUAGUUAAAGAAUAAACCAAUUUCACAAUGUG